UUUACUUAAUCUGUGGGCUGAAAUGAAGUGAAACAAUUGAAAGAAAUAGACAUGUUAAGACGGAUUAUUAAUCCACAUUAAUAAUUUAGCAGACAAUUGUUUUUACUGAAAGUGUGUUAAAUUGUUUAUCCACACAUGUGAGAGUAACAAUGAAGUAUUAUUGUAAAUGAAAGCAAAGAAGUGUUGAAUUAGGUACUUUGUCAGUUGAAAACAUACGCAGUGAGCAUGUUAAAAAAUACGUUACCGAAGGACAAACCAGGCAAGAUGAGGAUCAGAGCCUUUCCUAUGACAAUGGAUGAGAAGUAUGUAGAAAGUAUAUGGAGCUUACUAAAGAAUGCAAUACAGGAAAUACAAAAGAAAAAUAAUUCGGGACUGUCAUUUGAGGAGCUCUAUCGAAAUGCCUACACUAUGGUCUUGCACAAGCAUGGGGAAAGGCUGUAUACAGGCUUGAAAGAAGUUGUUACUCAUCAUCUCGAAAAUAAGGUACGGGAAGAUGUGUUGCACUCCCUUCACAAUGGCUUCUUGCAGACCUUAAACUAUGCCUGGACGGACCAUCAAACAAGUAUGGUAAUGAUCCGGGACAUACUUAUGUAUAUGGACAGGGUAUAUGUGCAGCAAAAUGAUGUUGAUAAUGUUUAUAAUCUUGGACUCAUCAUCUUCAGAGAUCAGGUAGUAAGAUACGGGUGCAUCCGCGACCACCUUCGGCAAACGUUGCUGGAGCUGGUGGCGCGCGAGCGGCGCGGCGAGGUGGUAGACCGGCUGGCCAUACGCAACGCCUGCCAAAUGCUCAUGGUGCUCGGCAUCAACUCGCGCUCCGUCUACGAGGAGGACUUCGAGAAGCCCUUCCUUCAUCAGUCAGCUGAGUUUUAUAGAAUGGAAUCUCAAAAGUUUCUGGGGGAGAACAGUGCGGCGGUGUACAUAGCCCGCGUGGAGGCCCGCAUCGGCGAGGAGGCGGAGCGCGCGCGGCACUACCUCGACGAGACCACGGAGCCCCGCAUCGUUGCCGUGCUCGAGCACGAGCUCAUCGAGCGCCACAUGAAGACCAUCGUCGAGAUGGAGAACUCUGGCGUGGUGCACAUGCUGCUGCACACGCGCACGGCGGAGCUGGCGUGCGUGUACAAGCUGAUGGCGCGCGUGCCCGACGGCCUGCGCACCGUCGCCGACGCCCUCUUCAAGCACAUGAUCGCCGCAGACUUUGAAUAUUUCCUCAACUUGAACAACAAAUCCCCAGAAUUCCUUUCACUGUUUAUCGACGGCAAAUUGAAGAAAGGUGAAAAAGGGAUGAGUGAACAAGAAAUAGAGGCGGUGUUAGACAAAACGAUGGUAUUGUUCCGUUUCCUACAAGAGAAGGACGUGUUUGAGAGAUACUACAAGCAGCAUCUCGCUAAGCGACUAUUGCUCAACAAAUCCGUCUCCGAUGACAGCGAGAAGAAUAUGAUCUCUAAACUGAAGACUGAAUGUGGUUGCCAGUUUACAUCAAAGUUGGAAGGAAUGUUCAAAGACAUGACUGUAUCCAACACUAUUAUGGAAGAGUUCAAGGACCAUGUACUUUCCGCGGGGACGAAUCUACACGGGGUGGACCUGUCGGUGCGCGUGCUGACGACCGGCUUCUGGCCCACACAGAGUGCAACACCUAAGUGCAAUAUACCCUCCGCACCUAGAAACGCUUUCGAUGUAUUUAGAAGCUUCUACUUGGCGAAACAUUCUGGACGGCAGCUCUCGCUACAGCCACAGCUGGGCAGUGCCGAUCUACACGCCACGUUCCGCGCGGCUGGCGGGGCGGGGACAGGAGCGGGCAGCAGCGCCGCGCUGACGGGAGGAGGGGGCUCGCCGCCGCACUCACCGCCCGCCGCGCCGCCGCCCUCAACCGUGCCCUCCGCCGCCGCCGCCGCGCCACGCAAACACAUCAUACAGGUCUCCACCUUCCAGAUGUGCGUACUGCUGCUCUUCAACAAGCGCGAGAGACUCACUUACGAGGAAAUUCUAAACGAGACUGACAUUCCUGAGAAGGAUUUGGUGCGCGCGUUGCAGUCGCUCGCGAUGGGCAAGCCCACGCAGCGGGUGCUCAUCAAGCACCCCAAGACAAAGGAAAUCGAGGCCGCUCACCAGUUCUACGUUAAUGAUGCAUUCACCUCCAAGUUGCACAGAGUUAAAAUACAAACGGUGGCGGCGAAGGGCGAGUCGGAGCCGGAGCGGCGCGAGACGCGCAACAAGGUGGACGAGGACCGCAAGCAUGAGAUCGAGGCCGCCAUCGUUCGCAUCAUGAAAGCCCGCAAAAGGAUGGCGCACACGUUGCUGGUUGCGGAGGUGACGGAGCAGCUGCGCGCGCGCUUCCUGCCCUCGCCUGUCGUCAUCAAGAAGCGUAUCGAGGGCCUCAUCGAGCGCGAGUACCUGGCGCGCACGCCUGACGACCGCAAGGUCUACACAUACGUCGCAUAGGCCAUCAGUGUCGAGACUCGUUUGUCCACGACGUGUGGAUGCCAAGUUAAAGUGAUAGAAGUAACAAAAGUAAAUAAAUUAUUUCAAAAUAAAAAUUAUUAGUUAACA